AGACUUCCAGUCACUCUCCAAGGAAAAUGUCUUUGAGAAUAACCGUUUGGCCUUUGAAGUGGCUGAAAAAGAGCUGGGGAUCCCUGCUCUCCUGGACCCCAAUGACAUGGUCUCCAUGAAUGUCCCUGACUGUCUCAGCAUCAUGACCUAUGUGUCCCAGUACUACAACCACUUUACCAGUUCUGGUCAAGCUGCUGUUGCACCACCAACCCCAGCAAAGGACCCAGCACCCCCCUCCCCCACAUCUGCAUCGCCUGCUGUGAAACCAGGAGAGGACACUCAGGGUGAUGACCUCUCCUCAGACAGCCUGUCUGAGCAGGGCAAACAGCAGCCCCCGAGCAGCGUUUGCGCAGCCUGUGGGCAGCGGGUGCACCUAGUGCAGCGGUACUUGGCUGAGGGCAGGCUCUACCACCGGCACUGCUUCCGAUGUCGGCAGUGUUCCAGCACACUUCUCCCAGGCUCUUACAUCAGUGGGCUAGAGGAAGGCACCUUUGUGUGUGCAGAGCGCUGCACAAGGCUGGGCCCAGGAGGCCGGUCAGGAACUAGGCCCCUCCCACAGCAAAAACAGCAGCAGGUAGCAGAAGAAGCCAAGGAUGGAGAGGAGAGUGACCCUAGCCCAAGUGUGGCUGAGGUGGCCAAGGCAGAUGGCCUCCAGCCCAGCUCCGAGGUACAGCCCCAGACCCUGAACAAGCCACCUCUUCCCAGCAAGCCCCAGGAGGUGGCCAGUCCUCCUGUUGGCCGACCCACACCUGCCCCCAGGAAGGCUUCUGAGAACUCAGCCUUGACGCCCCCAACACCACGGCCACGGUCUAGUCUGCAGCAGGAUGGCUUGGUGGAGCAGGGUGUCAGCACCGGCCUUGUGAAUGGAAGACUUCAGGAACCUCCUAUUCCCAGGCCAAGAGGGACACCCAAGUUGUCAGAGAGGAUGCCAGCACCAAGGAAGGACCCCCCAUGGAUCACACUGGUGCAGACAGAGCCAAAGAAGAAGCCAGCCCCACUGCCCCCCAGCAACAGUCCUGGGCCACUAAGCAGACAUGUGGAGAAUGGAGGCCUGGAAGAAAGGACCCAGAAGAGCCCAGUAUCUGAGCCAGAUCCCAAGCCCUACAACCCCUUUGAGGAGGAAGAGGAGGAAGAGGAGUCAGCCCCAGCAGUACCAGGCCCUGUCCCAGCCCCAGCCCCACCAGAGUCUACGCCUAAGCCCCUACACCCCUGGUAUGGCAUCACCCCCACCAGCAGCCCCAAGACAAAGAAGCGCCCUGCCCCGAGAGCACCUAGUGCUUCCCCACUUGUUCUUCAUGCCUCCCGCCUGUCACACUCAGAGCCUCCUUCAGCCACACCAUCGCCAGCCCUUAGUGUGGAGAGCCUGUCCUCUGAGAGCUCCAGUCACACUGCCAAUGCAGAGCCCUUGGAGCCGCCUGCUGUACCCAAGAGCUCCUCAGACCCUGCCGUGCACAUGCCUGGUACCCCUGGCACAUCUGGGAACUCUGUCACUCCUUCGGCCAAUUCUUCCCUAUCACCUUCUGGGGAACAGGGGCAGCCUAGUGGUGAACAAAUGCCACAGGCCAGGACCAGAGGCAGCCCAAGUACUCAGGCCACCAAGCCCUGCAGUGGUGCUACCCCCACCCCCUUCCUAUUGGCUGGAGACCGGAGCCCUGCCCCUUCCCUGGGGAGCUCAUCCCCACAGCUACAGAUCAAGUCUUCCUGCAAGGAGAACCCUUUCAACCGGAAGCCGUCUCCCUCCGCAUCUCCAACCGUAAGGAAGGCCACCAAAGGAGCCAAGCCCAUGAGGCCACCUGCCCCUGGACAUGGCUUUCCACUCAUCAAACGCAAGGUCCAGGCUGACCAGUAUAUCCCUGAGGAGGAUAUCUAUGGUGAGAUGGACACUAUUGAGCGCCAGCUGGAUGCCCUGGAACACCGUGGUGUUUUGCUGGAGGAGAAGCUGCGUGGAGGAGCAAAUGAGGGAAGUGAGGACAACAUGCUGGUGGACUGGUUCAAGCUUAUCCACGAGAAACACCUAUUAGUGCGGCGAGAGUCAGAGCUCAUCUAUGUUGUCAAGCAGCAGAACCUGGAGCAGCGCCAGGCUGAUGUGGAGUUUGAACUUCGGUGCCUUCUCAACAAGCCAGAAAAGGACUGGACAGAGGAGGAUCGGGCCAGAGAGAAGGUGCUGCUGCAGGAAUUCAUGACCCUUAUCGACCAGCGCAAUGCCAUUGUCAACUGCCUGGAUGAAGACCGGCAGAGGGAAGAGGAGGAAGACAAGAUGUUGGAAGCUAUGAUCAGGAAGAAAGAGUUCCAAAGAGAGGCUGAGUCUGAGGGUAAGAAGAAAGGCAAGUUUAAGACUAUGAAGAUGCUGAAGCUGCUGGGCAACAAGCGCGACACCAAAAGCAAGGUCCCCGGGGACAAGAGCUGAUGGCAAGGGAAGCGACUUCCUCUCCUCUUGUGGAGCUUCAAGGCUAGAGCAGCACUCUGCUGCUCUCAUACUUGCUAAGAGGGAUGAUGACCUUGGGAGGGAGUCCCUGCAUGAGCUUCACCCUCCUUAGGGCUCUCCAGAUGGUCUAGGCUAAAGUUUUUUUUUUCCCUCUUCCCUAUGUCCCAGACAGCUGUGACUUAGCCCUGUCCACUUGGCUUCUGACUCCAGAUGCUGUGACAGGCCCAGGGGCAAGCAGGGAUGCAGGGUCUGGGCAGAGGCAGUGGGUCUCCUUGGUCCUCUGAACCAGGCCAGAUGGAGUCUUCCUUAUCAGUCCUGCCCAAGGCAGGCCCCGGCAUAGGGCUUGUGCAGCCCAACUUCCUCCUUCUCAACCCUGACCCCUAGUCCCUGCCUUGUCUAACACAGGUGCCCUUGAAAGUCAUGUCCCCUCACCCAGGAGCUCUAUGAAGUCUCAAAUUCUGGCCCCUCUGUGAGUGCUGUGUUGUGUCAGUUGGGAAUACACUGCUUCCUCUGCCUC